AUGAAAAAUUUUGGAAAAGCUAAAUAUUUUGAUCUGAAGUUACAGACUGGCUCAACUGUUGUCAAAGGAAUAUGGCUUCAGCCUGAAAAGAGGAAGCAACUUCAUGACAUGAUGAAAAGCCAGAAACCAAUUACCUUGACAAAUGAGAUAUCAAAGAAAUUUGACAUAACUAAUGUUGUCGAUGUUUGACAUAACAAAUCGAUAUUGAGAACUUGACUGUCAAACCAUCUGCAAUGAAUACCAUCAUGCCGUGCCAGCUUGUUAAUGUUAAAGCAUUUGUAUGGCAAGUAGAAGGAGCUAAAGUGGCACCAAAAUUGUCUGAAGAAAAAAGCAGUGUUGGUAGACUCGUUUAGUUGUUUGAAAAUAGUUUUAUGGGAGAACUUCAUAGACAGCAUUGAACAGGACCAAACCUAUCUCUUUAGAAAUCUGUGUUUGAAUAAAUAUCAAUACAGCAGUGAAAUAUAUGUAAACACAACAGUGUAUUUCAGAACCAUCCUCAGAGAUACGAAAAAUUAGUUUCAUAUUAAUCUGACACUGCAAUCGAGCAACAAAAAAUUUGUUGGGUCGAGCAGGAUUUGAACUCGCAUCUUUGGGUAUCUAGACUGCCACUCUACCUAUUGAGCGACAUUGUUGUGGAUUAUUUUGAUAUCCUGGAAGACAUUUGCCAACGAAUUUUUCGUUGCUCGAUUGCAGUGCCAGAUUAAUAUGAAACCAGUUUUUUGUAUCUCUGAGGAUGGUUCUGAAAUAGAAUUGAAACACUGUGCAUCCUCUAAGACAAGCGUUAAGUCGUCACGAAAAUAUUUCAUGCACUUAAAUUGGAUAAACUCACUACCAAUCCCUGUUGACUCGAUAGCUCAAUAGGUAGAGUGGUGGUCUAGAUACCUGAAGAUGCGAGUUAAAAUCCCGCUUGAGCCAACAAAUUUUUUGUUGCUCAAUUGCAGUGUCAGAUUAAUAUGAAACAACAAUGUAUGGUAUGUACAUAUUGCCUGCACUUCAAUUUCAUUUAUCACUCAUGGAAGAAUCGGCAACUCAGCUUACAUCUUUUCCCAAAUCCGAAUACCUGCAGAAAUAAUUGGCAUCUCUAACCUGACCAAUCACCACACAUACAAAGCCUGCAAUAAAUGUUUGAAAGGGAAAGGGAACUUCGGAAAGUGUCCCAGCUGAAAUUAAUGCAAAAGCUGGUAAAUGCCAACAGCAGGAGUGGAAAAAAUAUUUUGCUUUCUGGGACCGCAAGAAAACAUUGAAACUUUUCUGCACAUAAUCAUGUAUCUUGACACUUGGACUGUAACUGUGUGGUGUUGUCAAACUGAAUUUUGAAUUUGAGAUGUCUGGAAUGGCCUGCGAUUUCACAAAUAUGUCCAAAGUUUGUGUGGUUAGGGAAGCCUCACCUAUCGAUUUUGUCAAUGAGAAACGUCAAGGAGACCCCCGCCACCACCUAGAAAUGUUACACAUAGUUACUGAUAUUUUCUUAUAGUACACAUAAGGUAGUUUUCUACUAUUUUCUACGGUCGGCUAUUGGCAAUGCUGACAUAUGUUUUUUAUUAGAACUGUCGAAGCCGAGAAAAUUACAUCGAAGGAAGAAGUGAGCGAGAUCGAUCAAUGGAGCAAUGAAAUAGAAAAGCAUAUAGAAGAAGCAGACCAAACAAUAGGGCUUCUCGAACAGUGGUUAAACGAUACACAAGUCAAACGUGAAGAUCUACAAUGA